CUGUACAUACUGCAGGACCUGAUUUCCGCUGUUGAUUUUGCCCCCAAAGUACCGUAUACAUAUCCUACAGGCUGCCCAGAAAUGCCCUGACGAUCUUCCACCUCUUUUGUCUCUCCCACGUUCGACCUUUCAGCUUGUGCCCAGCCCAUUCUUCCCUUUGCGAGAUCUCACGUUUGAUUUAUUUCCGGUAACGGGUCACACAAUGUCGAACCGAACUUCCCUCGACCGGCCAGCGUCCGCCGACCGUAAGGAUGCGACCGCCAGCGGCGGCGAACGGCAGCGACGGGCGUCUGAGGUGCCGUCGCCAACGGAUUGGUCGUCGUGGUUCGGCGGCCAGCGGGUCACCAUCGGGCCACGCAUCGGGCCGGUCCUCACCAGCGUGUCCCUCGGCGAGGCCUCGGACACGGACCAGGAGCCCCAGGACAGCACGGCCAUCCUGGAGAAGCAGCUGGCACUCGAAGACGGCCACGCCAUCAAGUACCGGACGUGCAGCUGGCAGAAGACGGCCGCGCUUCUCUUCUCCGAGUACAUCUGCCUGGCCAUCAUGAGCUUCCCGUGGUCCUACAGCGUGCUCGGCCUGGUUCCUGGAUUGAUUCUGACGGUUGUCAUUGCUGGCAUCGUGCUAUACACAUCGCUGGUGCUAUGGGAAUUCUGCCUGCGCCACCCGGAGGUCCGCGAUGUCUGUGACAUUGGCCAGAUGCUGUUCUGGAACAAGGAGUGGGCGUGGUGGGCCACCGCCGUGAUGUUCAUCCUGAACAACACCUUCAUCCAGGGUCUGCACGUUCUGGUCGGGGCCAAGUACCUCAACACCAUGACCGAGGCCGACAACGUGGGAUGCCGGACCGUCAGCUUCGGCAUCGUGGUGACGCUGAUCUGCUGGCUCUGCUCGCUGCCGCGGACGUUUGACAUGCUGUCCAAGCUGGGCACCGCGUCGGCCUUCUUCACCUUUGUGUCGGUCCUCCUGGCGACCGUCUUCGCCGCGGUGCAGUCGCGCCCGGCGGGCUAUGACGGCAGUGAUCCGGUCGUCACGGCCGUGCCGGUCCUCGGCACGACCUUCGUCAACGGCAUGGGCGCGUUCCUGAACAUCAGCUACACGUUCAUCGGCCAGAUCACGCUGCCGUCCUUCAUCGCCGAGAUGAGGGACCCCCGCGAGUUCCCCAAGGCGCUCUGGGCCUGCACCGUCGCCGAGAUAGUGCUCUUCAGCGUCGUCGGCGCCGUUGUGUACGCCUACACGGGCAACCAGUACAUGACGGCGCCCGCGUUCGGCUCGCUGCAGCCGCUGUUCAAGAAGGUGGCGUUUUCGUUCAUGAUUCCGACCAUCAUCUUCCUCGGCGUGCUGUAUGCGUCGGUCUCGGCCCGGUUCGUGUUCUUCCGCGUCUUCCAGAACUCGCGGCAUAAGAACGAGCACACCCUGGUUGGGUGGGCGACUUGGGCCUCUAUCCUGCUGGCCACCUGGAUCUUGGCGUUUAUCAUCGCCCAGGUGAUCCCGUUUUUCUCGUCCUUGCUGUCUCUCAUGAGCUCUCUCUUCGACAGCUUCUUCGGCUUCAUCUUCUGGGGCGUCGCAUACUUCCGGAUGCGGCGCGCCGACGGAGGAGUCUCGCUCGUGGGGGAGCACACGGUAGCCGGCUACCUACUUGCGGCGCUCAACGUCGCCAUCAUCCUCAUUGGGGUCUUCUUCCUCAGUGUGGGGACGUACGCGAGCGUCGAGAGCAUCAUUCUCGAGUUCGAGAGUGGGACAGUGGGCAGUGCGUUUUCUUGCGCCAGCAACGGGCUGUGAAGCCGGGCUGGCGCAACGCCAAGGGGCCAGGAGGCAGGCGUGGCGGGGCGGCUGAUGGCGAAGGGGGCUGGCGGGAUGGAUGGAGGAGAGAUACCCAGGCUUUCGUGUCUGUCUUGGAUAGACAGGCACGCUAAUGUUUACGCCUUGCUGCCCUGCGCCCUCUGACUGGGACUGUGACUGCUGCAUCGCCCAACGUGACAGUGUCAGAUUGGAUGUCGUCCGCGACGCACACGGUCGCAAGAUCAUAUGUUCGUACCGCCCAAACAACUAAAGGCGAAUGGGCCUCGCAUGUUAGGUGUGUCUCUAGGGGACUAUGCCGGAUGUUGUCUGCUGCCG